CUAUGUCCCGAGGUAGUAUUCCGUAUACGACAUUGUUUGGUAAUAGAAUAUAGUUGUAUGGGGUUCGAGUCUGAAAUACUACACAAAGCUAUUGUGGUUUUUCACGUAUAAAAAAAAACCAUCUUCAGUUCCAAACCACCUCCCCUACCCCACCUCAACUCAAUUAUCCUAUUCAAUUAAUCUCAACAUCCUACAAACAUAACUCACAACCAAAACCAAUCCCAGACAAAUCAAAAAUCAAAAAUCAAAAAUCGAAAAAAUGACAAUCCAACCCACCCCCCACCUCGACGCCCUCCAACGCGACGGCUUCGUCCGCAUCCCCUCCCUCCUAACCCCCGAAGAGGUCGCCCAGUUCCGCGCCAUAGCCUCAAAAGCCACGACCCUCACCCGAACCGGCGGCUGGCCUCACUUCCGCACCGUCCCCAAACAAUUCCCCCCCUGGCCAACAACGCCCCCACCGGCCUCCGAAGGCGGCAUCUGGGGGGUCCAACACCUCCUCCACCCGGAGAUGCCCAACCGCGCCGACUUCGCCCGCUUCUACUUCUCCGAGAAGGUACUCACAGUCGCCGAGGAGCUGCUCGGCGUGAAGCGCGACAGCAAUGGCGCCGAACCCCUCGUCAUGGAACUAUUCAACCUGCUCGUGGCGCCAGAGACGAAGGAUUUCGAGCUGCGGUGGCACCGCGAUGAUAUCCCCGAGACGGUGGGACCGGAGGAAGAGCUGAGGUUGCUGGAGUCAAAGAGUCCGCAGGGGAAGCAGAGUCAUGCGCAGUAUAAUCUGGCGCUGUGUCCGGACGCGUCGCUGAUUGUUGUUCCUGGGUCGCACCGGCGGGUGAGGACGGAGGCGGAGAGGAAGGCGGGGCCUUAUGAGGCGGAGUUGCCUGGACAGUUGGUUGUGGAGUUGCAGCCGGGUGAUGCGGUGUUCUAUGAUAGUAAUAUUUUGCAUCGGGGGAUUUAUAGGGGGAAGGCGGAGGGUGGGGAGGAGACGAGGCUAACGCUUCAUGGGAGUAUUGGGUUGAAGGGGGAUGAGGCGGAUGGGAAGGUGCGGGCUACGGCGGUUUUGCAGCAUGGGGUUGGGGCUUGGGUGCAUCGGGAUGAUGCUGCGUUUGGGAUUGGGGAGAGGGCCGAGAGGAUGAGGGCUAAUUUGGUGAGUAUGGGGACUGGUGAGGGUGUAGGAUUUUCUCUUCAGGGAUGAGGAUGAGGUGAAAGGAGUGCGUGUUGAUAUAGUUGUAUUAGAUAAAUGCGAUAGUCUGCCGUUCUGUUUCCUAUGUAUUCCAAUUCCAAUGUUCUGACCA